AAAAAGGGUGUAAAUAAACACAACCGUCCCUACGGGCAGGGCAACGAAUCGUUUUAUCGAUUUUAUUCCGUAACUGGAAAAUCGGCAGCUCGGUUUUUUGGGUGAAAACGCGGCCAUGAGUGACGGUGGUGGCAGUGUGAGACAGCGCAAGAAAAGUUCCGGCGAUGGCACCGGAAGUCGGCCCCGUAAACCAGAUCUUUUUUUUUUCUUCCUUCCUCUCUUUAAGGAAAUCAACUACCAGUUCCGGCGGUAGUUCGUCGCCCAGCACCGCCCAACAGCAUCAGAUGUGGGCCCGGAUAGUGCUGAUGGUGGGCAUUGUGGCCAUCGUGUACUUUACCACGUUCCGCACGCGGGAGAAAAAGUUUGCCACCCAGCGGGAGGUGCUCGAGCUGCGCACCCAACCGCUCGACUGUUCCCGACCGUAUCUGGAGGAAAUUUCCAAAUUUGCCGGCUGCAUCCCGAACCGGUGUGGACGGUUCGUGAGCGACAAGAUUGUGUCGCCGGCCGAAGCUGGCAUACUGCUCGAUCUGGCCCGGGCCGGGUUCGAGCUGGGCCAAUCGUCUGGCGGUGCAUCCAUACUCGACCUUCACUCGGGUGCCCUCUCGAAGGGGACACAGUUUGUGAACGUGUACCGGUUGCCGGAAGCGAAACGACUGUUCACCAAUCAACAUAUCAAUGUGUACCGGCACGUAAAAGCCAAAGUACAGCAAGCAGUGGCGGACCAUUUCCGACUAAGUGUGGACGCCCUGCACCUUACCCAUCCGACCUUCUUCUCGCGGCUGACGAACGCGACCGCCAAAACGAUCCACGACGAGUACUGGCACGAGCACGUGGACAAGGAAACGUACAGCUCGUUCCACUUUACCACGCUGCUGUACCUGACCGACUACGGGAAAGAUUUCACCGGCGGACGGUUCGUGUUUAUCGACAACGAAGGCAAGCACAACCGUACGCUCGUGUACAUCGAGCCAAAGCGGGCCCGCGUCAGUGGGUUCACGUCCGGGGCGGAAAAUCUGCACCACGUCGAGCAGGUGACCGGUGGCGUACGGUACGCGAUCACCAUUUCGUUUACCUGCGACCGGGAGAUGGCCAUGGCGGAUCCAAAGUUUGCGCUAGACGACGAGGAGGAGGAGGAGGAGAAGGAGGCGGCGACAGAGAACGGUGGUACGAGGGAGGGUAGGGUGCGCGAGCCCUGAGAUAGGGCCGAUACUGUGCUCGUUAUCCGUACGCUGGAGGAGUUUAGUGCAUAGUGGAUUGCAUUCCAGUCCCCCAAACAAACAAAAAUGUUCCUUUUCUUGAUUUAACGUAUUAUUUGCAGUAAAGGCAAGCCGUAUUAUGCGCCAUUGAUUUUGUUUUUUAAGUAUUGUAACAGUAUUUAGUUGUGUUGUGCAUUCCGUUUAAAGCCACAGGCCACAGAAACCUCCCAGUAACUGCAAGCAAUACGAACUAACGAACAAAUGUAACUUUAAUUACAAACUUCUCUAUAAAACGUGCUGCACUAAACGGUUGCGUGAUUAAGUGUAGCAUUAAUUAGAUUGCCAUUGCCAUUGCUAAAAAGCAAACGAACAAAACAAAUAUCAAAGAAAAUUCAAAUAAUUAAGUACGUUUAACUGUGCGUUUGCAAAACCCGAACUAUGCGCCUGACGCCCCGGGGGUCAGAGUUCCAGAGUAGGGCCACACAUCAGGUGUACAAAAUAAAUACUUUUAACGGUGUGA